AUGGAUUCUGAAGACGAUUUUGCAACUUCACUUGAUACACUCGAUGAAACUAUAGAUUCUGAUGAGGUCGCAACUUCAUCAAGUGUUAUUGAUACACAAAUUGAUUCAGAGAAUGAGUUCAUAACCCCGGCUAGUACUUUUGAUGUAAUUGAAUCUUACCCAAAUGAAGAUACUGAUAUGUCUUCAAAAAAGCGUAGAGUUGAUUUAACAGAUUUUUUUAAUAAAGUUUCGAUUUCACCUGAAAAAACUGAUGAGCUUCAUACAUUAUUAUUGAAUCAUUAA